AUGGCUUUGGGGGACCGUGUUGUGAUGACGUGUGUGACUAUGGACUACGUGGGCUUCCAAGAAAAUAUGUUCGAGGUCAACUCACGGAAUGAUAUUCCUCAGUGCUUUGAUGAAGCUCUUGAUUAUCACAGGAGAAAACGAGGCAGUGUGAAUGGAACCUCAGAACACAGCACACAGUUGAAGUUCAGAAUGGCUCGUAACGUGGCAGUAACCUCCCUCCUAGUGGCUCUGUGCCUCGUAGCAGCCGUUGCUGGACACAGAAGCUACGGUUCCGGCGGACACAGACCUCUUGGCGUCCACAGCAGUGUCCAUUCAUCUGCUGGUAUCCACGGAGGUAGCGCUCAUGGCGUAGGACUCGUAGGCUCUGGCAUCCACGGCGCUGGAUCCUUCAACCCCGCUCAUUUCCCUGGUCUUGUGCCUGGUUUCGGCUUCCACCUCAACCAACCCGUGUCUGGAUACAACAAGUGCAAGUACUGGUGCAAGAGUAGGUAUACUAACCAGUAUUACUGCUGCCAACAGUCUUAUUAUGGCUAGAUUCAUAGUUCAUUAUUAUACUGACUAUACCGUGGACGAACCAGAAUCUCUUAUAUGGACAAAAUUGUUUGCCGUUUCUCAAAUAAAGAGUAUGUAAUAA